AUGGAAGCAUUAAUACCAGUAAUUAAUAAAUUGCAAGACGUUUUUAAUACUGUUGGUGCUGAUGCCAUCCAAUUACCGCAGAUUGUCGUCUUGGGAACUCAGAGUUCUGGAAAAAGUUCAGUUAUAGAAAGCCUUGUGGGGCAUUCCUUCUUACCCCGCGGUCCAGGUAUUGUGACGCGACGACCUCUUAUUCUACAGUUAGUCUAUAGCCCUAAAGACAGCAAAGAACAUCGCUCAGCUGAAGAAGGUACAGUUAAUUUGGAAGAAUGGGGCAAGUUUCUCCACACAAAGGAAAAGAUUUAUACAGAUUUCGAUCAAAUCAGAGAAGAAAUAGAAAGAGAAACAGAUCGCAUGGCUGGAAGCAACAAGGGUAUAUGUCCAGAACCAAUAAACUUGAAGAUUUAUUCCACCAGAGUUGUCAAUCUUACGCUAGUAGAUCUUCCUGGUAUCACCAAGGUGCCAAUAGGUGACCAGCCAGAAGAUAUUGAGAAUCAAAUAAGAGUCCUCCUUAUAAAGCAUAUAGCCAAUCCUAAUUCAAUAAUAUUAGCUGUGACUGCAGCGAAUACAGACAUGGCUACCAGUGAAGCUAUCAAAAUGGCUAAAGAAGUUGAUCCUGAUGGAAGGCGAACUUUAGCUGUUGUUACUAAGCUGGAUCUCAUGGAUGCAGGAACCGACGCCAUUGAUAUAUUAUGCGGGCGCGUAAUCCCAGUUAAGCUCGGCAUUAUUGGAGUAGUCAAUAGAUCACAACAGGAUAUAAUCGAUAAAAAAUCUAUUACGGAUGCUUUAAAAGAUGAAGCCACUUAUCUGCAACGCAAGUAUCCGACUAUAGCUACUCGCAACGGCACGCCGUACUUAGCCAAGACCUUGAACAGACUUCUCAUGCACCAUAUAAGAGACUGCCUGCCGGAACUCAAGGUUCGGGUCAACGUUAUGAUAUCGCAGUUCCAAUCUCUUCUUAACUCUUACGGAGACGACGUUUCCGACAAAUCUCAGACGCUCCUACAGAUUAUAACUAAAUUCGCGAGCGCUUAUUGUUCCACUAUAGAGGGCACUGCGCGUAAUAUCGAGACGACCGAACUGUGCGGAGGCGCACGGAUUUGUUAUAUUUUCCAUGAAACGUUCGGUCGCACUUUGGACUCCAUACACCCUUUAGUAGGUCUUACCCGCAUGGAUAUAUUGACUGCGAUACGCAAUGCGACUGGUCCCAGGCCUGCGCUUUUCGUACCUGAGGUGUCGUUUGAAUUGCUGGUCAAGCGGCAAAUAAGACGGCUGGAGGACCCAUCUUUGCGCUGCGUAGAACUGGUACACGAAGAAAUGCAGCGAAUCGUACAGCACUGCGGCACGGAGGUGCAGCAGGAAAUGCUCCGGUUCCCGCGGCUGCAUCAGCGCAUCGUUGACGUGGUAACGCAGUUGCUGCGUACGCGGCUGCCAGCUACUAACUCUAUGGUGGAGAACUUAGUUGCGAUCGAAUUGGCGUACAUAAACACGAAACAUCCAGAUUUCCACCGCGAGGCGGCGCUAGUAUCUGGUCUGCUCAAGAGCACAGACGGGCUUGAAGACUUCAGGCAUAAGCCUACAAGGCCCGCACCAUCGCCGGUACAUAACAUGAUCAAACAUAUGCCGGCUAUAACGGAUGGACACGACAACCGGUCACCACCACAGUCGCACAGUGAAUCACCACAAACUCCACAGAUGAAUGGAAGUCCAGAGAACAAAGUGCUGACUCCACAGAAACCCGUGAACCUGCUGCCCGAAGUGCCCAGCCACACGUCGCGAAAACUCUCCGACAGAGAGCAGCACGAUUGCGACGUUAUCGGUGGACGGAGUGGGAACGGAAAAGAUAAAGACCAAAAUGCUAACCAAAAGACAGUAGAUGGCAUCAAUAUGAUGCAUUUGAACCAUAUGGGUGAUUUAGUCGAGAAACUGAUAAAAUCCUACUUCUACAUAGUACGGAAGUCCAUCCAGGAUUCAGUACCAAAGGCUGUUAUGCACUUCCUCGUCAACUUCGUGAAGGACAAUCUUCAGUCGGAGCUCGUGACCCAUCUGUAUAAGUCUGAUCAGGCGGAGAGCCUGCUGAAUGAGUCUGAGCACAUUGCUCAGAGGAGAAAGGAAGCUGCCGAUAUGCUUAAAGCUCUUCAACGCGCCGGUCAGAUCAUAAGCGAAAUCCGCGAGACACAUAUGUGGUGA